CAAAAGGCUGAGUCAUGUCGCGCGGCUGAGGUGGCGGUCCACUCGCCAUACAUGGGUCGUAGCCAGGUGCGACACAUGUUCGGUUCCGAGUUCACUCACAGAGAGGUCCCGGUACCACGGGUUCGCGCCCUCCUCCGCUCCCGACCGGACCAGCACGCAGCCCACGCACACCAGCGACCACAGCAGCAGCUUGCGGGACGAGCCAGAACCCAACGAAGAAAACAAAGCUGCCCUUCUCUCCACCCGUGCUUGAUUUUGACAAUAUUGCUGCAUUAAAGAAUCAUAUUCCAAACACUUCCUGGAUCACGACUCAAAGAGAAGUGAUGAGUCAUCGUUAUUCCAAUCCUUAACAUUUCAUUUCUGGCUGGGACUGUUAAACGACGACCUCUGGUGGCUACCUGUGCCGCACGAGCACGUCAACCAAUCGGGUUUCACGUUUCAGAACCAGACCCGCUUCAGUGUGGAUGGAGUGGAGAUGCAGUCGUGGUGCAUUCAAAUCAAAAGGUAUGACGUGGUCCCCCCCCCCCCGGUCCCACCUGAGAGCCGUGUCCCAACGUGAGUCCAGUCUGGGCUCUUCAGACUGGCCCUGCGCGGCCCCAGGUGGUGGCUCAUCAUCUCAUCAGCUUAAAGAGCUCCAGCUGCGGAUGCUUGGAGUUGAGCGUCACCGUCGCCAUGCUGCUGCUGCUGCUGCUCUUGGUCUGCGUGCUGCCAGGGGGCAGCGUCCCGGUCAACCACACUCACGAUGAUGGCCCUCCAGGUAACGUGACCUCGGGUGUGGACGUGAUCAUCGCUGACCUGGUGGAAGACCGGAACACCUCCCACAGUGCAGCUGAUCUAGUUGAAGACUCGCACUCGUCCACCCUUCAGCAGCUGGAGGAGGCGCAGGCGGAAACCUUGGCAGAGAUGGAGGACUUUCCUGUUGAGGAGGGCGACAUCCUGCUCCAGGAGGAACGGAACGCUGUGAGCUCCAUCUGGCAGACCACCCUGGUCCCCUACACCAUCAGUCCUCAGCUGGCGGGCCUGGAGUGGAAGAUCUACACCGCAAUGCAGAUGAUCUCUGACGCCUCCUGCAUCCGCUUCAAAGAACACAGCAACGAGGCCAACUUCCUGGGAUUCCAGGGCGGAGCAGGCUGCGCGUCAUACGUCGGCCAGAUUGGCGGACACCAGCCAGUCUUCAUCUCCCCAGCGUGUAGCGUGGGAAACAUUUGCCACGAGGUCAUCCAUGCGCUGGGCUUUCACCACGAACACACCCGCCGGGACCGGGACCAGUACAUCGACGUGGAGUGGAAUAACAUCGUCCCAAAGCGGAAAAGGCACUUCAAGGCCAAGCAGGGAGACACGCAGAACCUGCCGUACGACCUGAACUCCAUCAUGCACUAUGGCCAGUAUUUCUUCUCUAAGAAUGGAGGUCAGACGCUGGUGGCCAAGGUGCCGGGCUCAAUGAUGGGUCAGAGGACUCACCUGAGCCAGCUGGACAUGCAGCGGCUGAACCUGCUCUACUGCGGUCGUGGGCGGGGCUGAGCGAUGGAGAACCUGAGCUUCAUUAAAGAGGAGUUUCCAACUGUGCUGUCUGACAUUCAUUUGCCUUGGUCCCAGCACAAUCAUGUCGGACUCUCUGACCCAAAUCCGGCAGCUGGAGGAGAGGCCACCAUUUCUUUUGUGUGGAGUGGUGCGUGAAGGCAUCUGAGAUGGUUUGCAUCCAGUGGUGGAGCAGGCUCUCUGGUGUCCACAUCUGAGGACGCAUCAAACCUUUCUUCAGUCUCUUAUCUGAAGAGCGCAACAUGUCAGAAACGGCUCUCUGAACGAUGAGGUUGAGCUGUAAUCUGCGGGGGAGGGGGGAGAUGUCAGAAGUAAAGCCGUGAUUUGUGGAAAACAUUUCUAGAUGCGAGAAAACUGCCAGACCACAACUUCUGUGAGGAGAAAAAGACCUUAUGUCAUGAGAACGAUAAUCGGGUCACUGUUCUGGAAGCUGCAGCCAACGCUAACUUCAAACACAAUAAUGCAUUUUGGUUUUUUUAGGUUUAUUUUGGGUGAAUUUGUGACGGUGACAAUA